AAUCUAGGAUUUACAAUUACGGUACCUAAACAUGGGUAAACGCUACCACUGUGAAUAUUGUGACAAGACGAUGGUUGCUACGCCGGCAAUCGUGAAAACGCACAAUAAAGGGCUUGUACAUCAAAAAAUAGUCCAAGAACAUUAUCAACAGUAUAAAGAACCGGAGACUAUCCUGGUAGAAGAAAGUGUGAAAAAACCAUGCAGUCGGUUUGUGAGGGGAGAAUGUCAGUUUGGGAGCAUUUGUCGCUUCUCUCACUACUUGCCGGAACAGUUACAGAUGCUGAGGGAAAUUGUUGCUUCAAAGAAACAAAAACAAACAAACCCAUUCCAACCAUCUCUUGAAGAUCUGUACAAAAAGCUGCAAACUGAAAAAUCAUCAAAACCCAGUGAGUCAGACAGCAACACUAUAAUUUAUGAUAAAAAUGGACUGACCCAUAUUUUCCCCUGGUCUUACAAUGAACUGUUUGAAAGUUAUGGGACUUUGCCCCCGAGUGUAAGAAGAGUGAAUUUGGAAGAGUUUUACGAUUCUGAAGUUAAUGAGUGGGGAUAACAAAUGUUAUGUGAAUACUUUAGCAUUAGC